AUAAAUUUUAAGUAAAAUGAAGAAUUUUAUUAAAAAUUAAAUAAAUAACAUGAAUGCCAUAGUUGGUUUGUGCCACUUCUGUGAAGCGCAUGGGCCUAAACCUUUAUUUUGCACAUUUACGAGUGACAAUGAAGACCACGCCACGGAUCCAUCCAUUUCGGCUGUUCAGUGCAAUGGAUGCACUUCCAUCGGCACAGAAACCGUUUUUGUGUCCCGAGAGAGUAACGGCACAAUAUUCUGCAGCAGACAAUCCCUUCCGAAUGCAGAAAUAGCAACUUUUUUACGGCAGGCUGCGUUACGAUGCAUUACUUGUGAAGUGAGCUGGAACAAAGAAGGUGGCGUCGUAUAUUUCAGUGACACACAGGGUCAUGUUUUAAGUUAUACGUUCCAAAUUAAGGAUACCAGAGCCCGGGGCCUGAUAAGAAUGUUCUCUAUUGUGGUGCUGAUGAAGGACAAGCUCAUGCUGCUCAACAUAACUCCUGCGCUGUCGGAACAUAUGCAGAGGAUUUCCAGAGAGCUCCAAAAGUUAGCUGAGGUUGUGUUUGAGGAGGAACAGAGGGUAUGUUCACAAAGAGCUUUGAGGCUGAAGACGGGAGUGUAUGAGUUUGGCCAAUCGAGAUCACUUGUACAACUAACAGGUCAUCCGGACAUUUUCAAAAAGUUACAUUCACACUUUACUCAUAUACUAAGAACUGGUGCUGCAACAUACACAGAGACAUUGUAUACAAGUGCCGAUAUUUUGAAUAAAAUUAACAACAAUGCCACCAGAGGAACAAUAUUUCAAGAUAACAUAUGUGAAGUGAAGCACAGUAGGAUGUCUAUAAGAGAUUUGGAAACACUGUUAACAAGACCUGUGUUUAGACAUGUUUUGUAUUGUACGUUAGUUGGUAAAGAUGUUGUCAUAAAUACAAGAAGUAAGCAGCCAAAUACUAUAGUAGCUACAUUAAUCAACUUGCUACCAAAUGCAAGUGGAGCCUCACAUAUUAAAUCUUGGCAUCCAAAUAGUAAAAUAGAAAGUAAUGUUUGUCAUUUACAAGAAAGUGAAAAAAAUAAUUUUGAAUGCAAAUGGAAUGGUACUCUACCAAAUAAAUGUCCGACACUCAUGAUUAAAGUAGAGAAAGGAAUCGAGAAUGAUAAAUUUAAUGAUGCUGUAUUGAAUCAAUACAUAAAAUCCAUACAACUGGAAUGGUUAGGAAUCGCAAAUACAUUGAAAACAGCAAUCAAGUCUUCCAAUCAUAAAUCUGAAGCAGUCAACAGUUUGAAGCAGUUACUAGGCAUAAAACCUGAAGAUGAAUCUCUUGUGACCUUCUGGUCUAGAAACUUUUGUAAUUAGUCUGUAAUCUGUGAUAGUAAAGUAUUAUUUUUAUAAAUAAAAAGUUAUUUAUUGCAAGUUAA